AUGGACCGCUUCAGAGAGCUAGUCUCGAAGCUCAACGUCGGGGAUUUAAGCCGAACAAGAGAUCCUAGCCCACAACCUCCAGCUCCAGAACGAGUGGAUGAACUUGAGAAAAUAAUCGAACAGCUUCCUGCCACCAAGGCUUUUGUUGAAAGUCUUCCUCAUCAUAAAGUAUCCAAAAAAGCUGCCGAAAACGAUAAGAAGGCAGUCGAAGCUACUCAAUUGCUCCACCGAGUUGACGGCCUUAUUCAAUCCCAUGUUACAGCAGCCCAUGAUUUUCGGAAGUACGUGGAAGAGAUAUCGAAUGUGAAGGCACAGAUUACCCUCGCAAGAGAGCAAGCUUACUCACUCCACCAACAACUUAUCGAAAUCGACCGUGAACUCGGUCAAGCCGAAGCAGCCGUUUCAAAUGUUGAGCUAGAUAGGCUUCAACAAACCGAAGAUGCUGUUUUUGAGAAUUAUGCGAAAGCGAGAAGGGCGGAAGUAAACCGAAAAAAAGAAGAGUAUGCCGAAAAGCUGAUGUCAUUUCAACGGGAUCGAUACGCAGUAUCUCGAGACUUCGAACGUCCGAGGACGAGUUCACGGCCUACUAUACUUUCGAGGGGUCCAUCGCGGCCUACUACGUCUCAGAGUUCGCAAACGGCGGUCGGGGUAGAAAUCCAAUUGGACGAAGGGGCACAUUCGAAUGGACUAGACGACUUUCUUGGGUCAGAAGAGACGACUAUAAGGGAACCCGAUACGAGCAGUCUUAAGUCUGUAGAACGGCCUGAGAGGAAGGAAGUUAAGACGAAGCCGAAGAAAUCAGCACGGAUAACUCGGCCGGGAAUGAUACCAACGAAGGCAGCACCGGCAAGAGCUAAGAUCGAUAUUAUGGCCGACGAGGACUUUUUUGAUUGA